AACUUGAAGGUGGCCAUCUUGUAGUUAAGCUUGCACAAAACUCUGAGCAUCCACCUGGACCCUCAUUAGAAUUCACAUCUCUCUUAGCUCCAGCAGAGCAGAAUACUGUGAUAUCUAGUAAGGAGAUUGCAACCACCAAGAAGAAGAAAGUCAAAAAGAAGUCAACUGACCAUGGGAAGCAAAGGGUACCGGAGAUCCUUAAGCUCAGGAAAUCACUUUUCUUAUCAUUAAUCUGGCACGUUGGAACAUUAGAGGACUCAAAAAGUCCUCUAAUUAGUAGGAAAUUAGGAAAAUAA